AUGCAGAGGCUACUAGCUGUGCGCGCGCACUGUCAAUGCAUAAUGCAUAUAACCAGGCAGAGAAACGAUGCCAGCCAGUCCCUUAGCCCAGCAUCAUCCGGUCAGAAGGUUGGCAUCGGGAUGUCGUGGCUGCUUGUUCUCUCGCUGAUCAUACAGACGUCCCUCCUGUCGACGUCAGAACACCAGCAGCUAGUACAGGAGGCCGAAGAGAAGGAGGAGAAGGUGGAGGUGACGUGCAGAGAGAUUAACGACUACACGAUCUGCCGUCAGGGCGACGUUCUCCUGAACGUAAGCCAACUGGGAGAAACGAACAGCCUUAGUAUCCACGAUCUAAGCCUAAUCGAGGUCCGCGAGGAUGCUUUCGUCAACUUGACGGCUACCGGUAGCCUGAGUUUCGGUCACGGAAACCGGAUAUUUCGUCUAACGAGAGGCUCGUUUCGUGGUUUGGCCAAUUUGAACGAGCUGAACCUCGACAACAACAGAAUCAACUUGGCACCGUACCUCUUCUCCGAGCUGAACAACCUGCAGGCGUUGUAUCUCAGCUUCAACAGGAUCGAUCGUCUUCCCGAGCAUACAUUCGACGGACUGUUCAACUUGAAGAGGCUCUUCCUCCGACACAAUCGUUUAAAAUCUAUCGAGAAGGAGACGUUCGUCGGAUUGACCGAUCUGUUGCAGUUUCUUCGACUGGACAACAACAAGAUCGACGAAAUCGUCGCUGGAUCCUUCGACAACCUUCGCGAGAUGACGCAUCUUCAUUUGGAGCAGAAUCUUUUAGACAGAAUAGCGCCCGGCACGUUUCGCGGAUUGAAAAUGCUCAGAGGUCUGUUUCUCGAUUACAACGCGCUAAGAGGGAUCAAGAAGGAAGACUUCGACGGCUUGAAUUCGCUGCAGAUACUCGAUCUACAGUUCAACCAGAUCACCGAUAUCGAGGUUGGAUCGUUCGACAAUCUAACCGGUCUGAGAAAAUUGAACUUGAAGAGGAACAAGUUGACGCGUAUCUCGAAAGGAAUCUUCGACAAGCUAGGCAGAUUGUACGAUCUAGAUUUAUCGUACAAUUUCAUAAGCAUCGCCGAUCCUCCUGCGUUGAACAGCGGAACCGUCGAAUCGUUCCACUUCCUUCGUAAUAAUUUCACCGAGAUCGACCGAGAUAUCUGCUACGAUAUACUGUUAACAGAUCCGUAA